ACAUUUAUUCCAACACUUUGUAGUUGAAUGUAAAUACAAGUCGUCAAGCUGAAGGAUAAAAAGAGCAAAGCAGCCUCAAAGGAGGUUAAAAACUUCAAUUCUGCAUACUUCUCUCCCAACCCAACUGGCGGGAUGCCAUAUGGAGUUUCUCAAAAUAUGGUCGAGAUAUGUAUUAGAGGCCAGAUUCGAUUGCUUGACAUCAAUGAGGCUCUUCCUGUAAAAUGCAAAAAGAGCGAUGUCAAGGAGUUUCCUCGACUUCCAAUCCCCAGUUCAUUACCCAAGCCCCAGUUUCAAGUGAAGCAGUCAUACAACAAAACUCUAGCCCCUAAAAGAGCUGCAAGUUAUUUCAGAUAUAUUGAAAAGAGCUUGGAAGAGCUUGAUCAAGAGAUUGAGUAUGACAUGGACGAGGAAGAUUAUGCUUGGUUGGACAUCAUGAAUGAGAGAAGGCAAGAACAAAGUCACUCAAAAGUGCCCUGUGAGAUAUUUGAACAACUCAUGGACAGGUUUGAAAAAGAGAGCUACUUUGAGUCUCAGACUUCAGGAAGUGUUUACGACCCACUAAUUGAUGAAGAUGCUGUAUGUUGUAUCUGUAACGACGGUGAAUGUAGCAACAGUAAUGUGAUACUGUUCUGUGACAUGUGUAACUUGGCAGUACAUCAGGACUGUUAUGGAGUUCCCUUUAUCCCUGAAGGACAGUGGUUGUGUAGAAGGUGUCUGAACAGUCCUUCUAAACCUGUCGACUGUGUUCUCUGUCCUUCAAAAGCAGGAGCAUUCAAACAGACGGAAUGUAACAGAUGGGUGCACGUGCUGUGCGCGCUGUGGGUCCCGGAAGUGCACUUCAGUAACCCAGUCUUCUUGGAACCUAUAGACUCUAUCAACGAGAUCCCUGCAGCAAGAUGGAAGCUGACGUGUUACAUUUGUAGGCGGCGUGAGGGUGCGUGUAUUCAGUGCGUCAGGACUAACUGUUACACUGCAUUUCAUGUUACUUGUGCUCAACAGGCUGGUUUGCACAUGAAGAUAGAAACCUACCAAGACGAAUCAGGUAACAGCACGGUGAAGAACGUAGCGUUCUGUGACAUCCACACCCCCGCUGACAGUGACGUCACGCCCCUUAUUAGUCGGGUUAAUGAUGAGUCUGAUGCUGAAGAAGGCAAGAAGGUGAAACGUAAAAGUAUUCUUCUCGACAAGAAACUGCAACAGAAGUUGAAAAAGAAGUUCUCUUGUGAAACAGGAGCAAACGCCCCCAUCGUUAACAUUCCUUACAUCAAUGAGGAUAAAAUGGAUGAGAUUCUGAACUUGGUGGACAUUGAUGAUAAGGGAGAGUUCUUUGAGAGGCUGAAAGCGUACUGGACGCUGAAACGUCAAGCUAGAAAUGGUGUACCCCUGCUACGUAGAUUACAGGUAAGUCACACUCGGACCCACACCAUGGCCGACGAGGAGAGCGUUGACAAGGACCAGCUGGUAAAAUGUCAGCGGUUACGACACGAUCUGGAGAGAGCCAGACUCCUUGUGGAGCUUAUAAGGAAACGGGAGAAACGGAAAAAGGAACAGUUGAAAGUAGCGCAGCACUUGAUGGAGAUGGAGUUGUGUCCUCUCUCGUACAUUCUCAACAGAACUGUUGACCUGCUGUUUGCCAGGGACACCGAGGAACUCUUCCACGAACCUGUCAAUGUUGACGAGGUGCAAGGUUAUCUUGAUGAAAUAAAGCAACCUAUGGACCUCGGAACAAUCAGAUCUAAAGUAGAAAACAUGGAAUACUCCUCUUUUGACCAGUUCAAAGCUGAUUUCAUGUUGAUAAUAUCAAACUGUCUGUUGUUCAAUGCAACUGGGUCUAAUAUUUACAAAUAUGCCGAGAAGCUGAAAGACACAUGUCGUACCAUCAUGAAUAGGUGCAAGCAAACAAUAGAGAACACUCCCAUAGACUGGAACACACUUUUACUACUGAAACAAGAAGAGAAGACGCUAGAGGAGCAGCUAGUGGACGUGAAGAAUAAAGUGGAGGAAGCCAAGGCUAUCACUAAUUGGAGCACCCGAACAUCUCGUUUGAAGCAGCUACGUAGAGAGAUACGGAAGAUAAAACAGCGAAUGAACGAAGAAGAACGUUUGAGCACUGCUGAUUCCAUGUCCUCAGCAGAAAAUCCAAAGUCAGAGCCAGAGGAGGGAGGUCCCAGCGGGGAGGAUGCAACUAAAGAUAAGCAAAGUAAGAUAAGUGAGUUCUUUGUAAAGAAGGAGGAUGGUCUUGAGGGGGAGGGGGGCUCUCAACCUUCUACUCCAGCUGCUGCUCCAACAGAUCCGGCUGGUGGAAGUGCUUCUGGAAAUACAACUGCAAGAAGAAACCGCAAUCACUUGCACAUAGAAAUUGAAAAGGAGAUAAGCGAAAUGCUGCAAACGAAUCAGGAAUCCCUGGGAAAGAAAAUACUCCGUUUCUUGAAGCGACACAAUAUCUCUGAAAGGAAGAUGGGAAGUGAUAUCUGCAUGGACGGCGGGCAGCUGUCUGCAUUCUUGAAUAACAAGUGCUCGUUAACCAAUACAAACAGAGAGCUAAUCUACAGUUGGUUUGUUCAGCAGAGACGCAACAGGGAACCCGAACGGUUAACCGAAGAGUAUGAUAGCUCAAAUUCCCCCUCCGACACAGACUCACAGUCCUCUCAAGACACAGACCUAGACGAGACAAAAGAGGAAACGGACCCCGAGAGAGAAGACCCGGAGCUCUCUAAAGAUAACGCUUCUAAAACACCGGUGAGCAGCAGUGUCCGUACCUCAUCCCGGACUCCCAAACCCAGACAACUAGACCUCCCUGAUGAUAGUCCCCAACUAGCCAGGAAGAGGAAGAGAACUGCUACACCAGACACAGGUUCUGAAACUGGCAAGAAUUCCACCCGGAAACAAUAUCCUAGUAGCCGCUCUACGACGUCCUCAGCGUGCGACGAUACAUUUUCUGACGAAGGAGUGAGCUGCAACUUAAAACAGAUGGAUCUCGUUUGGGCGAAGUGUGCAGGUUAUCCAGCCUACCCUGCUCUGAUAGUAGACCCCAGCACAGUACCAGGUUUCACGCAUUGUGGUAUCCCGAUACCAGUUCCUCCUCCAGAAGUGCUAAAACAGCGCUCCAGUAAACCUAACACUUUCCUGGUGCUAUUCUUUGACACUCGCCGCACUUGGCAGUGGUUACCACACCGGGAAGCUACAGCCGUUGGGUGUGGAUCAGGAAAUAGAUGCCGCCAAAGUUCUAGAAUGUAAAAAGGGAGCAGCCAAGAAGAGUGUGACUGGGGCAUUCAAGCGAGCUUCUCUUCAUCUUCAGAUGGUUAACGGUGAAAUAACAGAGCAGGAGUAUUUUGAAAGGACGAAGGAGUUUGAGUGAAUUCGUUGCAGAUCCCAAAUCUAAUUCAUCUACCUCUAUCAAAGAUACAAGAGAGGAUAUUGGGUCAUCUGGCUUCAGUUUUAAAAAAACACUCACAUUUUUAGUACGCAAUUGAACUUUAAGAGAAUAUUGGAGAUUUGAUCUAUCGUGGAUAGUAGUUCAUACGGAACAUUCUGCAGACUUUAGGAUAACGAAAGAUCUAUUUGCUGACGUUGAUAAUGCCUUGGUUUUAUAUUCUAUCAGUAAUUUCUCGUGCUUUAUUCACGAUUAUUUCCGUCAUUUCUGCAUUAUUUCUAAAUUCUUAUUGGUGUCGAUUUCAGACUUUAAGCAAGAACAGUUCUAUAAUCGCUCAAAUCAUCUAAAUUCAUGUGGAUAUAGCUGUUGCAGAAGACAGUCUUUAAAUCGACAGUCUUUAAAUUUACUUUCUUUAAAAAUUACUAAAAUAGUUAUUCUCUGAAUGAGUGGGAUGAACUUAUUUACAGCUGACUUAUUUAUUUUGUUUUGAAUUUAAAAGACAUCACGAUUUUAUUAAAAUAUUUAACAUGGUGGAUUCCAUUUCACAUUGAUAUUAAUGUAAUCAUUGAUCAUUUAUUUAUACCACUCAUUAUCAUUAUAUUGGUUUUGAUAACAAAAUCGUUUUUAU